CAUAUGUCUCUUCCAAAUUCACUUCCGUAUUCAGAAUCUAACGACAGUAUCUGUAAUAUUUCAACAUUUAAUUCACUUGGAUUUAGUAAUAAUGAUUAUAUUAGUUUAGAGGAUUUAGAAAGUCAACUUGAUAAAGAAGCCCUUUUAUGUUUUUCUGAAACUCAGUACAGCAAUAAUGAUCGAGCAGUUAUUAUUAAGGAAAAUAAUAAUGAAAAGAAUACCAAAUUGAACAAGAAGCUUAGGCCAACUGAUUGUGUUGUCUGUGCCAGACCAACAAAAUGUUGCCAUUUUGAUGUUCCAAGUUGUUUAGGUACGUCAGAGCUUUUCCAAAAUCAAAUAAAUUUUGUCCUUAACAUAACAUAA